AUGUCCUCAAGCAUCGGAGAAAAGUGCACACAGAUCAAGCAGGAGUACGAUGCCUGCUUCAACUCGUGGUACUCGGAAAAGUUCCUUAAGGGCGAUGCCACUCCCAAAUGCGACGAUCUCUUUUUCAAGUAUAAGGAAUGUCUCAUGAAAACACUGGAGGAAAAGAAGCUGGAUACAUUGCUCGCGGACGCCCGGAAAGAUAACCCUUUCCCCAACUCUGCCGCCUCUUCAGCAUCAUCGGGAAGCUCAUCUUCAGAAUCCAGCAAAUAG